CUCUACUGAGCACCCUCAUAAUUAGCUCCUCAGAUAAUCAGAAACAUUUGCUAGCUAUAGCUAGUCAUCAGAUCUCCUUGGCCGGCCGGCGACAUGUCCGAUUUCAGGAAUAACCCUACUGCUGCUGAAGGUACAGACGACGACGACCGUUACUUAUAUGUAGAUGGCAGCACCGCCUUGGAGCUGUCGGAGUUGCUCAAGCUGGACGAGUGGGUGGAAACGGAGGAUCAUCCGUCAUCCUUCGCCGGCGUUUCCUCCGGCUCUACCAAUUCACUGAAUCCUGUGUACCGAGCCUUCGUCGUUGGUCAUGAUCAUGAUUAUGGCCCUGCGGUGUCCGCCGGAUCCUCCGGUACUGGAGAGAGAGCGGAGACGAGGUCGGAGCUGGCAAAAGAAAGGGUUGCAUUUAAGACCAAAUCAGAGGUGGAGGUACUGGACGAUGGCUACAAAUGGAGGAAGUACGGCAAGAAGAUGGUCAAAAACAGCCCAAAUCCAAGGAACUACUAUAAGUGCUCAAACGAAAGUUGUUCAGUGAAGAAGAGAGUUGAGAGAGACAGGGAUGAUCCCUCAUACGUGAUUACCACCUACGAAGGAGUCCAUAACCACCAAACUUAACUAGCUAGCUAGCUAACCCUCGAUGGCUUGAAGUUCUGCUUCCACUUCCUCGAUCUCAUAUUUGUGUAAUGCAGAUACAUAUGUAUACACGUGUAUUUUGGUGCUUAUACAUGGUCAUUUUCAAUCGCGAAUUCUGCAUUAAUAUCAUAUCACGAUGUUGAGUCUCUCAAAUCAAUAUCUCCUCCAUGUGAGCAUCCAUAUAGCCACUGUUAUAGACAAUCCAGGUACCACAUCAGAAAUACAAGGGAAACAAUCUUUGUAUAUUAGUGUCCACCUGAUUCAUUAGUACAAGGACUUUUGGGGAUGGUACCCAAAAGUAAAUUUGUGCGGCUUGG